UUUUUUUCAUCAAAUUAAUCUAUGAAUAAAUAAUAAGAUCAGUUGUUUUUGUAUUUGCACAUGAAUUGUAUUAAGAUGAUUAAAAUUAUUUUUAGGUGGUCCAGCGUUUGGUUUAGUUUGCGGUAUAAUUAGUGUAUUUGUUUUAAAUCAAAUAAAUAAUGAACUUGAAGUUGAAAUAACAAUAACAUUUGGUCUUGCUUAUCUUAUAUUUUAUAUAGCUGAUGUUGAAAUUGGUGUAUCAGCUGUUCUUGCUCUUGUUGCAAUGGGUUUAUAUAUGAGCAAAUAUAAAUAUUGUAUUAGUAGUAAUGUUCAACCUGUUAUGGCAAGUGUUUGGCGAAUUACAACAUAUUUUAUUAAUAUUCUUAUAUUUACAGUUACGGGUAUUAUUCUAGCUAAAUCAUUUAUUGGUACAGCUAGUAGUAUAACAUCGAAAGAUUUUGGAUAUUCAAUUAUUUUAUAUAUUAUUAUUCAUAUUGGAAGGAUAGUAUUGAUUAUUGUUUUAUAUCCAUUAAUAAAAUGUACGGGUGUACAUUUAUCUUGGAAAGAGUGUAUAAUUUUAGCAUGGAGUGGUUUACGAGGUAGUAUGGCUCUUAUAUUAGUUCUUAUUGUUAGUUUGGAUACAAAAAUUGAUUUAAUUAUACGAGAUCGUUUUCUUUUUCAUGUAUCAAUGAUUGUAUUACUUACUUUAAUUAUUAAUGGGACUAGUAGUAAAUUCUUGGUGAGAAUUUUAGGUUUACAUCAUGGUACAAAAGAAAGUGAUAUUGUUCUUUUACAAGCUCUUGAACAUAUGCGAAGACAAACAUCAUGGAAAUUAUCACGAAUGAAACAAGAUGAAAAAUUUUCUGAUGUCGAUUGGAAAAUGUUAAAUGAAUAUUUACCUCAUAAAUUAUUAGAAGAAUUAGAUGAAGAAAAUAAUACAACUAUACAUCGACAAUUAUCAACAAAUACUGAUCAUGAUCUUCCAAUAUCUUCUAAUAGAAAUAAUCAUAAUGAAUAUGAAUUACUAACAAUUCCAACUGUGUAUCAAACAGAUUCAUUACCAGUUACACCAGUAAUUCGAAAUAAACAUCAUAAUGAUGAAGAUACAUUAUUACCUAUAGUUAAUAUUCGAAAUCCUAAUGAUGAACAUGAUAAAAAUAUUCGAAAUGAAUUAAUUAUUCGAUUUUUAACAGCUAUGUCACAUGAUUAUGAAAAACAAUGGUAUCUUGGAAUGAUUCGUCGUCAAACUCUUGAUAUUCUUAUCAAAUCAAUUGAACAAGCCAAACAUAAAUGUUCACUUCAAGUUCACUGGAAAUUAAUUGUGGAGAAUUUUCAAUUAACUAUUUUUCUUCGUUUUCUUAUGAAAUUUAAUUAUUUUAAUUUUAUUAAUCAAUGGACCAAUCAAUUAUUAUUUAAUCAUAUUUUUCAAACAAUUGAAUUAAUGUUAAGUUUUCAUUCUAUGGAAACACGAAUGGAUAAUAUUCGAUUAAAUUUUCCUGAAUUAGCAAAUAUAAAUGAACGAAUAAUGAAUGAAGUAUGUAAAGAAGUAAAAAUGUAUCAAUUAAAUGCAAUGCAUAUUCUUCUUGAUUUACAACAAUCUUAUCGACUUUGUUGGAUACUUCAAAUGACAAGACGAUGUGCUCAAAUGCUUUUGAAAUAUGAAUCUGUUGCAAUAAUACAAUUAUAUGAAACUGGAAUGUUAGAAGAAAAUGAAUAUUCUCAUAUAUUAGAAUUAAUUGAAAAUAAAUUAUUUGCACUUGAAUAUGGAAAUGUUAAAUUAUUAAAAAAUCAAAAACGUAUUCUUGAAAAUCCUUUUGAUUUUAUACCUUAUUUUAAAUCACUUUCUCCAAUCGAAAAAGAUAAAUGGAAAUGUCAGAUGAAAUCAAAAUAUCAAUGGUUUCAACCAGGUACUAUUCUAUUACAAAAACAUCAACGAGUAUCAAAUGCAUAUUUAAUUGUUCGUGGUAUUGUUCAAUGUAAAGAUGAUAUUAUGCCUAUUUAUUACAAAUGCGGUAGUAUAGUUGGAAUUGAUGCAUUAUUUACUGAACAAUCUUUAUCACAUGGAGUUUAUACUGCACAUGGUGGACUUGUUGAAACAUAUUUAAUUGAUAAAUUAUUAUUAAAUGUAUUUUUAUCUGAUGAGAAAUUAUCUCGUUCUAUUUAUAAUGAAAUAGCAUUUCAUAUGAUAAUGAAUAAUUAUCGAAAAUCUUUAAAUUUAACUCCUCCACAAUUAAAAAUGCUUCUCAAUGAAAAAGCAAUAUUUUAUAAGAAUCAAUCAGAUUCUUCAAUUCAUCUUGAAACAAAUCAAAGGUUAUUUCUUUUAUCAGGAGCAAUAAAACAAUAUGUAAAUGAAGGAGAAACAAUUUUAAAUUCUAUACAUCUCAAUAUACUUGAUACACCAGUCAUGUAUAAAUUAAAUUCAUCAAGUAUUAUUUAUACAUGGUCAUCAGAUGAUGAAGUUUAUUGUUCAAAUAUUAAAAAAUUUAAAAUAAAUUUUUCUAAUGAAAAUAAUCAAAUUAUCUCUGUUGAACCAUUCUAUCCACUUUAUUUAGGAAACUCAAUUGAAUUUACUCCACGACGUCAUUCAUCAUCUAUGACACGUCCAAUAGAAAAUCCCAGUCAUUUCCAAUUAAUACCAUCAGAAAUCGAAGCGAGCAAUAGAUUAAAAUCUCCAACUGAAUUUGUUACAUUCUAA